AUGGUAGGCCCAAAAUCUCCAUUUAGAAGACUUUCUCAUGGUAAAGAAUCGCCUAGCGAAGAACACUCUUCUUCAAUUUUUCAUAAAAGAUCAAUUUCUGGAAGCAGCGUAAAACAAGGGCAAGGACAACAAGAGCAUCAUUCUAGAAAUACGAGUUUAAAUAAUAAUAAUAUUGCACCAACACCUCCUAUUUCUGGUAAUAAUACUUUUUCACAUAAAAGAACAACCUCGAAAUCAUCGACAAGUUCCCAAAGUUCAAAUUUUCUAGCUGAACAAUAUGAAAGAGAUAGGAAGGCUAUCAUUGCAUAUUGUUUUACUAAACCUGAUUCAAAGACUGGUAAUCUACCAAACGAUUAUAUUACUCAUGUCCGUAUAAUUGAAGAUGCUAAAUAUCCAAGUUCAAGACCACCUCCAAAUUCAAAAUUAGAAAAUAAGAAAAAAAGAGUUAUUAUUCUAAGUUCAAAGGCAAAAAAUUCAGAUUCUGUUCAGAUUCAUAAAGGUCGUGAAAAUGCUGAUGGUUCGUUCCAGAUCGGAAGGACUUGGGAUUUAAAAGAAUUGACAAAAAUUGACAGAGAUUUGGAAAUUAAUGAAGGUUUUGUGAUGACUAUGGGAAAACCGUAUUAUUGGGAAACAAAUAGUGCAAAGGAAAGAACCGUAUUCAUAAAAUUCUUGGUCAAAGUUUACAUGCAAGCGUUUGAUGGGCAUGUUCCAAUUUUAACAAAUUGGGAUUUAGCUUCCUUCUAUUUAGAUGAAAAGAGUUAUCAAAGGGCUGUCAUCCAUCCAGCUUCGGAACAGAAAACUGCAAAAGCUCAAAAUAUUUCGAGUGCGUUACCAGAGCAACAAUAUCAACAGAAUCCAAACAUGCAAAAAACAUUUCCGAUGCCUCCUAGUUCACAACAACAAGGUCUUCAAAAGCAGAUGAUACCACAGACGGUGAAACAACCAUUACAACAGCAACAGCAACAGCAACAACAGCAACAACAGCAACAACAGCAACAACAGCAACAACAGCAACAACAGCAACAACAAGCACAGGUACGAAGACCAAUCCAACAACAAUAUAAUACUCAACAGAAUCAGACACCAAAAAGUUAUACAUCUGCUCCAUUACCAGUAAACCAACCCCAGCAAUAUUUGCAAAACCCAAACCUAAGAUAUAGACAGGAUGUUGCUUUAAAUAUAAAUACCCAAUCUGACAUGCAGUUUAACGAUUCUGCUUCUUCUCCUAUUACUCCAAGGUCACCAGAUAGGCAAAGGAGAUAUUAUCAACAAAAUUCUUCUGGUGAUUUGAAUAACAACCUAAGAGAUAAUAAAAGUUUAUCUACUGAUACAAAUAAUUCAACUCCAAAAGGUGGGCUAAAUAAACCGCCAUAUGCGACUCCAACUACAAUAAAUGAAGUAAAUAAGGCGUAUGAUUUAGACACUCAGGCCAUUCCAAAUCAAACACCUUCGAGAUCAGCCGUUUCUGAUAAGAAUAAAAGAUAUUCCUCUGAAGCUUCACACCAGGAUUAUGAAAGCCAAUCUUUUAGGAAUGCGGUACAAGAAUCGAGAAAUGAAAUUUCACAUCCAGCUGCUACCAUGGAAUAUCCAACCAGUAUUAUAUCGGAUUCUGGAAACGAGUCUCAACAUUUUUCUCAAAAUGCUGAAAAGCACUCAAAAGCAUCAGUUGUAAGAUCAGACGGGCAAAGUUCUUAUGUAAGCGAAAUUGUCACAAAUAAUGAGCCAGUAGCCACUAAUAUUAAUCCUCCUCUAAAGAAUGUGCCAAAUCAUCAUGUAAAUGAAACUAUCGAAUCAAAUGAUUAUUCAUCUUAUGUCAAGCACGAUCACAUGUUAGAAGAUUUAAAUGCUAUAUUAGAAUCAAACAAAGGCAAUCAAAAAACAGAAAUUGAGGAUCAAAGUGGGAUAUAUGCAGAAAAUAGCUUGGAUGACGAUAUGGAAAUCAAGCCUUUAUCUAUUAGAUCCAACGAGGAUGUAGUAGAUCUAUAUGAUGAUUAUGGUGGUGAAGAAGAGGAAGAAGGUGAAUUAGAUUUAAACUUACCACCAGAUACGUCAGAGGAUAGGGAUGCAAACGAUACUACCGAAUUAUCUUUUGAAAAAGGUGAUGAAUCUCGUUAUAGUCAAGUAAUUGAACCAUCUUCUAAACAUGUUUAUCAUGAAGUUUCUACUAUUCAAGAAGAAGCACCAUUGGUGUCAAAUUUUAAUACCCCAGAGGAAAGAGAAGAUGUAGAUUUAGAGAAAAGAACAAAAUCUAGUAGUAAAAGAGCAUUGAAUAUUGAUAAUCAAGCUUUGCUGGAAAUUUUAUCCGAUGUAAACUGGGAGCUUGACGAAGAUGCAGAUAAACUUGUGGAAAGGUUGGACUAUAAAUUAGCAGAGACUGAAUAUGAUUUCAACAAUGAUCUUUUGUUACUCGAAAACCUACAAACAACCCUAUCAGGGUACGAACAAAAUGUAAGUAAAGAAUGUGAAAAGAUUAAUCCCACGUUUUCUUUAUUCCUAAUGGAAAUGAAUAAUCUAUUGGAUGAUAUUGAAUAUGUUGAACGUCAAAAUAAUGGUCUUCAGGUUGAAAGUGCAAAUAAAAAACUUUUAUGGUCUUUGCUGACUGAUCUUUUGAAUACAGUUUCUUUGGAUGAAAAUGCUCUUAAUGAACUACUAAGUUCGACUAUAAGUGAAAGAAGUUUACCAAGAAUUGAAAUUCAAUUGGAAGGGUUGUUUAAUGCUAUUAAAGCCAUUAAGGGUGAAACUAAAACAGAAACUGGUGAUUUAGGUAAGAUUCAUGCUCUGGCUCCAAGAAGGCAAGCCUAUGAAAAGGUUACUAAGGUUUUCCUGGACAGAGUUGUACAAGAAUUGGGAAGAAGAUUUGCUAAUUUUCAAAGCGAUGUAACUUCGGAUGAUCAAUUGACAAAUAUUUUGGGUAGAUUAUUAAUAUACUCAAGUUUAACCUCAUUUUGUAAAGAUAUUUCACCAGAACGUUAUACUGAAAUUAUUGAUGAGUGGACAGAUGAUAUUCAACCUGUAUAUACUGGUAGAUUUUCUAAAAUAUUUGGCAAGUUGGAUCUGAAGAUUUCAGAAGUUCAGGAUAUUCAAGAGGAAGCUCCAAUUCAUCAACAACAAGAAUCUACCUUCAUUACCCAAUGGAUCAAAUUUAAGAAAGACAAAAAGGUUAUGGCAGAAACUCCUAUUAUUGUAAAUGUUCUGUCAGAAUUUAUGUCGUUGAUAAACAAGGUAGAAAACCUGUGCAUAGUUUACCAGAAUUUUAUUGACAGUUUCUUCCAUAUUUCAUCCGACUUAGAUUUUAAUGAAUUUUUGAAACAAAGACGUAAUCCAAAUUUCAAGACACCUUCUUUGGUAGAGUUGAAGGUAGUUGAAUCCGAUAGGGAAUUGACAUUGAUGAAAACCCAGCUGGUUUCAAAAGUAUUUCAAAGUAUCAUUCCACAAAUAUCUGAGGAUUUAAACAAAAUUUUUACCUUUAAUAAGAGCAUAGCGCCUUCAAUUUUGCUGUUCUUGGAAAAUAAGAUCCAGGAAAUCCAAUCUUCAAAUCAAGAAUUUUUAUUAUCGAUAAUGACAAGGCUAUCAACUCAAGUUAAACAGUUAUGGGCCGAAUACGUUGAUGAUCAAGUAAUGAACUAUGAAAGAGUUGUAAUGAAUUUCUCAGGACAAACCCUUGCUCCGUCAAUUCUUUCAUUGCCAAUUUUCAUUAAAAAUGCAAGGGACUUGAUGGCUUUUACUCAACAUCAAGUUAAAGUUGAUGAAAUUAGUGUUCUCACCACCGAAGAUAUUACCAAGAACGCCUUUGAAAAGCUAAGUACUUCAGUUACCCAAAUUUUGUGCAGAGGGAAUACCGAUACAGGGAGCACAAGUAGCGUACAUGAAAAAACUAUAGGAAGACAUGAUAUCAAUAAAACAAUGACAUUGCUGGUAAACAGCUUUUGGUUAAGAGAAACUUUGCCAAUGGUUAAUGAUCAAGGUACGUUUGAUAUUCCAAUUAGAAGUGCCAAGGAAGUUUUUGACAGGGAAAAGGUUUUAUAUGCACAACAUCUAUUACAAGAUGCCAUGCCUAAGCUAUCUUCUUUUGUUAAUGGUGCUAGCAAUGUUAUUGAAACCUCUAACUUUCAAAAUACAGUUAACCCAUCUAGAUGGGCUGUGUAUAGUAAACAGAAUCUAGAUAACAUUCUAGCAGCGUAUACCUCUGAAGAAAUUGAACUUUUGGUCUCAAGUUUGCAUGAACGUAUCCAAAAACAAUUUAAUAGAGACUUAAACAGAGAAUUUUCUAAUGCCCUAUGUGAAAAACUUUGGUCUUGUAUCCAAGGUGAAACAGUUUCAUUGUAUUUGAAACUUUUCACCCUAAUUGAUAAACAUUAUGUUGGAUCGACAGUUCUAUUUACUAAGAAUGAUAUUAUUUCCUCAUUCGAUGCAUUUAAAAAGUAG